CACUCUUGGGAUCGUCAUCAACCCAACUACCCUUCUAAAUACCACACCGCCAUGUUCUGGGCCUUUCUCUCUCGUCUUUUCCACAUUGCGCAAGGUCGAUUGGUGUACCUAUUGGCACUUCUGGAUAUACCCAUUGGUUACUUUGAGAAACAGCGAUUUCAACUGCGACGCUUGCCGCAUCCUCGCAACAAUAACGACAAUCACGAGAACACGAAGAAGGUGCUGUUAAUUUCCUUUGCCGGCUCCACGUUUUUGGUGGGAGGUUUCCCGCGAGCUGAAUUCCAAACAGUGCUCGAAAAGGCGGCAGAACGCUGUGGAGUAGCAGCAGAUUGUUUGUUUCUAGUGGAUCCGUCCGUCACAUUCUACACCAAAAGCAGUAGCCACGCACAAAGAAGAAGCAAGAGAUUUGGCACUUGGGAAGGAUGGGACGAAGUGGUCGAGGAUAUCAACCAAUUGAUUGCAGCAGAAGGUUAUGACAAAGUGGUGGCCGUCGGAUCGAGCAUGGGUGCAACGGCCAUUUUGGCAUUGGUGGGGCGGUUCCGUCGAUGCGAUACCGCCGUCGUGUUCAACCCCUUGGUAGACCUGGUCCACGAAUCAAGGCUGGGAUUCUAUGUGGGAGGGCUGCGGCUGCCUCCUCACAUCCGUCACAACUUGCCCGAUAUCAUGGCCGAACAAUGUCUCGCCAGCAGCAGACGAGGGACGAAUGUGAUGGUUCAUUACUCUCAACACAGUCCCAAAGACAUUGUCCAACUGCAGUAUCUGCAAGAUGCAAUUCGGGCACGGCAAGAGAAGACUGACAGGGAAAGAGAUGACAACAUUCUGGACACCAUUGGACACGAUACUAGCAAGCAUGUUCUGGCAAGAGAGCUCAAGAAAAGACAAGAACUGUUGCCUCUGUUGGAAGAUGCGUUGAGGAAAACACUACUACUUCGAGAGCAGGACGAUAAAAAGACGAAGCAGUAGAAAGCAUUGCUAGCUUUGCAGACUCGACUCCAAAAAGACGAAACCGGGCUCUUGCGGAGACCAAAACAUGGAGUGUUGCCGAAGGAGGUACCCCAGACCCCAGCCUUGCUGCCUCGCUCGGCACAUCAGAACAUCGAUUGUGCCUCUUCUCUGCGUUGAUUGAAUUCCUUCGAACGAAGCCCUUGGAUCAAGCAAUCUUGAACGGCUUGUAUUACCAUAGCGCGAAGCGUCGUCGUUGCGGAGAAAGCACUGUUCCAGUCUUCCCCAGAUAGAACAAGGGCCAUAAUUCUGGCCAUUACGUCUCUGCUGCCCAGCUCCCGGUUUUAGGCUCGAAGGAACCGCCGAAACGACUCGACUCGACUCUCCCAUGCGACUGGCAAUGCAAGCUCAAUGCAUUAGGUAUCGCCCCCAAACAGCCGAUGCAUUCUUGUGUGUGGUGGGAAGACUUCUUGUGCCAGAAAGCAUUUAUUUGGUGUGGGUUUGGUACUGUUGAUUUAACAUCAUUCUUGGAUAAACGAUUCAAUCUGUGUCUGCACCAUUGGUGAAUGAUUCAAUCUGUGUCUGCACCAUGUUGGCAUCUGCCUCCCCAAUUCUCUCUGUUUCAUUGACGGGAGACGGGAGAGGGUCCUGCAACUUGAAGGGGUGGGAUGGCUCUAGUCCUUUGUGCAGGUCGAAGCUCGAAACUACUAGUAGAGGCUACAACAUGUACUGUAGUUGCAACUUACUUGAGCAGGGGGGAAAACUUCUUUCUAUGCUGCGAGCGAGAAAACAGAAAACAGGAGGACCUAAGUUAUAAGUUCAGUUGACUUUUGAAUGAGGUACCAAUAACAUCAUCGUUUCUGCCAAAUAGCUCGACUGAGUAGGUGCCUUAUUGAAUG